GAGAUGGCUCUGUCCACGGUCGAAGCUUAUAUGCUUUUGGGGUAUCAAAGGUAUUUCAAGAAGGUGUCUGUGUUUAUAUUUGAAGCAGAUUCUCAUCUUCAGCGCUCGGUGUAGCUUUAACGUUAGAUUUCAAAGUAUACUUCUUCCCAGAGCCAUUAUCUCGCUUCUUCGUCUAUUCAUUGAAGGCUUUUCUUACGAUAUGUUAUAGCCUGAUUGUAUCGCAUUUUUUAUCCAUUUACAGCUGCGUACUUGAUGUGUUGACAGUCUUUCUAUCAAGUAUCCUCUCAUACCAUCUCCAUCUCACCUCAAAUACUAAGUGUCUACACUUGUAUCUAUCACACAUUCCAAGCGUACAACGAGGUUCAUCUACGUUAUUUCCUUCACAACACAUCUCACAAAAGUACGGAAAGCUUGACACUUAUCGAUGGUCUGCAAGUGACACGAUGAUCGCGAUCGAUACCUCUUUGAUAUCCAACCAAUGGCCUCUUGGUCUUGGUGUGAUAGGCUUCUUACUCACAGUGAUUACGCUUAUGUAUUCCCAAAAUUGGCACAAGUCCCUAUUCAACAAACUUCAUAUUAAACAUCGACGUGCGUCUACGUCGGCAACACCACCUCGUUCCUUGUCUCCAAGCAAAAAGGUUACCGACAGAUCGUUGAAUUCCACCAGCAAAACUCCAAGUUACUACGAUGCAUUGCCUCCCUCCAGACGUUUCACGCUCCCAGAUGUUGCGAAAUGCAUUCCUCCGCGAUUCGGCACCAUCUUGACCUCGAAUAACCCAUCAGCUGAACACAUGGCAGAGAACAAAUUACCCAUGACUCAAUCUUAUACACUCGGCUUUGAAACUCCAAAAUAUACACCUAUGGGGUUUUCCACUCAGGAAAUUAAUGCUAUGGGCGACUUCCCACCUUAUGAUAUCUUAGCCGGAGUUCCAUUGCCACAGCCCUACGAAGGAUUCAAUCCUGAAAAAGCGCUUCCUAGACCAUACAGACCUAUACGAUGGCAAUACCACCAGACCAUGUCUUUUCAAAAAAUGGAAUCUGACUGGUGGCUCGAGAUCGAAAAUACAUAUUGUUCCCGCAUCGCUGAACGUCAAGGAUUAUUCAAACAAUACGGCAAAAUGGUUCUUGAUUACCUCCCAGGAAGCGAACUUGUCACCAAAGAACUUAUGGAAAUGUGUCUGCAAUUCUAUUGCGCACGCUACCCGGCAUAUUUCUCCCUUUCGGCCGAUAAAAGAACUUUCCACAAUGCUCUCCUCAAAACUACAACUGAAAUUAAAUCCAUGCAUCCUCUCCACGUCCUGCUUAACAAUGUCCCCGAAGAUUUCGCAAUCGUAAUGAGAAAUGAUGAAGAUGGAAUGUACUAUUUCCGCGCCGGCGUCAUCUGCAGUUCACUGGGCUGGAACGUUGCCACUAAAAUUGGAUUGAAGCUCGAUGCUAUUCAUAAGCCCAUCCCAGAUUACAAAGAAAAAAUGUCGUUUAGUAUGGAUCGCUUCUUCACCAAAAUGUCCGCCGACGCUCCGAUUCAACGUGGUAGCUGGGGUCUGGAGAUUGAUUCUCCUUUGUUUAUGCCAGCCGGUCACCCGCAUGAGAAAUUGAGAGAAAUCCAGAAGGAAGGUUUGACUAUCGAAGAGUGUAAUUUGAGAGUGGAUUGGCAGACCUUAAGACGAUUGCCGUUGAGUGGAGGCGUGGUGUUUAAUUUCAAAGCGCUCUUUACGCCAGUGACGGAGUUCCGGGAUGAACCAUAUAUACCAGCAUUGCUGUGCAAGAUUCUGAAGGAGGGAAAGAAGAGUAUGAUGGAAUAUAAGGGAACUUGGCAUGUAGAGCAUGUUGUUAUACCAACGAUGGCGAUGUGGGCAAAGGAACAGGUCGAGAAGGGAUUAGUAGUGCCGCAGGAGGGAGAGGAAACUUGGAAAGAGGAGACGUUGGCUGAGAGCCCAUAUUUUCCGGGGUGGGAGGAGAAGUGGCAUAGGCGGCAAGGAUUUUAGUUGGAGUGUAUGGAGGAUCUGUGGAGCCAGCUCUUUGAAGAAAGUGUGCGGAUUUCCAAAGUACCAGGAACUGGAUGUUCUUUGUGGGUUUCUAUAAUUAGUUAUGCAUUAAAGCUUUAGGAUUUACUCGAUUGUCAAUCCAUUUUCUGAUACAACUUGAGUGUGUACUUGUGACUACCAUAUUGAUAUUGAAUGAUAGAGUUGCCUCA